AUGAACAGUGUGCGAGCACUGGGAUUCUCGAGUCGGAUUGCCCACAUCAGUGCACGAGGAAGAAUAUCGAAGCCAUUGGCGACGUUGCUGAUCACGAGAAUCGGCAUCCACGGAGGUUCAAUGCAGAGGCGGCAUCCAUAUCACGUUACCCAUCUCGAGGAAGGCCACGAAUCUCAACACCACAAGCAACAAAAGCGACAUCCCAGCACCUCCACCGAAGCCAAUCAAACCAUGUCCUCGCCCGAAGCACCGCAAGUCCGCCAAGACCUCUCCGCGCUCUUCACCGCGCUAGAGCAAAGCUUCACCGCGACCAAGCUAGGCAGCGAGAGAUGGUACCUCGCAACGCUGGCCGCGCUGGUCGGGGGCACAGAGCCUGAGUUUGCAGACCAACUGUACCUGCACCUAACCCAGCAGGCGGGGUACGCGAGCACGGAAGCGCGGCAAGCGCUAGUGCGGCGUCUGCGCGAGGGGCUGGUGAAACUGACAUCGAUUGUCGGCGUAUGUAAGCCUUUGGAGGCGGUGCUCGCGAUAUCCAAAGUUGAGCGGGCCGAGGAUAGGGAUUUUUCCUUCACCAGGCGCGCAUGGACGGCGGAUGCGGAGAAUCAUCAGCGCGGCGCGGAGUGGCUGGGCAAGAUUUACGCGGGGAAUACAGAGGAUACGCUGGCACUGUUCGAUGCACAUCGAGAUUUUAGGUGGAUCUCGACGGAGAUUACGUAUGGCCUUUACUUGUCAGAUCGUCAGGUGCUGGAUGAUUGGGAUACGGAGGUCGUGGUGCUGGCGGGUAUCAUGGUUCAGAAUUUGAGGCUAGAGACGAAGUGGCAUAUCAGGGGGGCACGGAGGGUGGGUAUGAGUAUGGAGGAUGUGAAGGCGGUGAUGGCGUGUGUGAGGACGGUGGCGCAGUUUACGGAUGUGAAGCUCAGUCGGAUACCGAGUGUGGAGGAGGUGGAACAUGAGGUUUGA